CACGCUGAAAAAGCGGUCUGACUGGUGUGCUAAGCCGUAGCCGAGCCCGUGUGGAAUGGACAGACGUGUGCAUUUAGCACACAGAAGAACCCGUUUUCUUUAUUGUUUGAAGAUGUGCCUUUGAAGAGUGAAACAUAUAUUCCCUGUAAAGUGUGAUUGGAGCGUCUUCUAUCAGACGGCUUGUCAUGGAGAAGUCAUGGAGGUUUUGGGGGAUCCUGGAGCGAUGCCUGCUCACUGUCGGGUCCUGGACUUGGGGAGUUUGUCGCAUCUCACUGCUGCCUCUUAUCCUUACCUUCCAUCUCUAUGGAGGCAUCUUGCUGCUGGGACUCAUCCUGGCCUCUGUGGCUGGGAUACUGUACAAGUUUCAGGAUGUGCUACUGUACUUCCCUGACCAGCCUUCCUCCUCACGCCUUUAUGUUCCCAUGCCUACUGGAAUUCCAAAUGAGAACGUCUAUAUACGCACUAAAGAUGGUGUGCGGCUCAACCUAAUUUUGUUGCGUUACACAGGUGAAAAUCCUGCUCUAGUGCCCACCAUCUUGUAUUUUCAUGGCAAUGCAGGGAACAUCGGACAUCGUGUGCCCAACGCGCUGCUCAUGCUUGUUAACCUUAAAGCUAACGUGAUUCUGGUAGACUACAGAGGUUAUGGAAAGAGUGAUGGUGAGCCGAGUGAAGAGGGUCUCUAUCAGGAUGCUGAGGCCACACUGGACUAUGUAAUGUCUCGGCCCGACAUUGACAAAACUAAAAUCAUAUUGUUUGGCCGCUCUCUUGGGGGGGCUGUGGCUAUCAGGUUGGCCUCAGUCAACCCACAUCGCGUGGCAGCUAUAAUGGUGGAGAACACGUUCUUGAGCAUCCCACACAUGGCAUCCACGCUCUUUUCCUUCUUCCCUAUGCGCUACCUGCCCCUUUGGUGCUAUAAGAACAAAUUUUUAUCUUACAGAUAUGUGGCGCUGUGCCGCAUGCCCUCGCUUUUUAUUUCUGGCUUGUCAGAUCAACUUAUCCCACCUGUCAUGAUGAAGCAGCUAUACGAGCUGUCGCCUGCGCGGACUAAGCGCCUCGCCAUCUUCCCUGAGGGAACACACAACGAUACCUGGCAGUGCCAGGGUUACUUCGCUGCUCUUGAGCAAUUUAUGAAAGAGCUGCUCAAGGGCCAUGCUCAAGAGGAGGCGUCCCAGGGCUCGGCAAGCGUCACCAUCAUCUAAGGACUGCUUCCACUACUACAAGUGUGGACCUGCUGUAAUAGAAUGUUCAUUUUUACGCUCCUUUCCCAUUUUGCCCAGCUCCAUUUCUAGCACUUAUUAUAUUAAGGACAUGUGUGUAUGUGUGUGUGGGGAGGUUGUGAUUGGAGGAGGACACAUUUUUACAUACCUUCAGAGCUUUCGGUUAAAAUAUGAAUGCAUGAACGAUAUGCUCAUAUAAUGCAAUGUCUUCUUAGUCUUCAUUUUCACACACUCAUUUGUACCGACUGUACAGGUGUUUUUAUACAAAGACUUUACCAUCCCAGGUAUACCAAAUGAUCAUUGACUGCACACCAUAUUGUAUAAUAAAGAUACUUGCCUAAUAAUGUCAGGCAAAGUGUUAAGUAUUUUUUUUUUUACUUGUUCCAGUUUUGAUGCAGUGUGACAUGAAUGUUUAAAAAAAAAAAAAUCUUAAGAGCUAACAUUUAAAGACCCGGCACUAGCCAGUGGCAGAGAUGUAUUUCUGUGCUUACAGGUGCAACCAGUGUUUUUUGUUUUUUUGUUUUUUUUCCUUUGAAGUCUCUGGGUUAAACAUCUUUCAUUCUGUUGUCUUUUAAAGGUAUUAUUAUUAUAAUUAUUAUUAUUUGGGCAAAUGGAAUUAGUGAAAUAAUUGAAACUAAAUGUGGACUCAGGAAAUUUUCUGAGAGAACCAUCACAGUUUGGGGCCUGGCAUUUUAGUGUCCGACCAGCAGAUGCUCAGAGCGUGUUGCAUACUCGCUUCAUCCAAAGGUGGUUGUGAAUCAUUGUGGCUGAUAGAAGGCUUCAAACAGUGUAAGGUGUAAAGAAUGUAGGGGUGUGAUAGUGUUGCAAGUACAUACCUUGUACAACCAUUGUAAAUAAGAUGUCUAAGAGCACAGGUCUUGUGCUGCUGUACUUGGUUUUAAUAAAGCCCUAUACUCUGGUGA